CCGCCCGCGCGCCUCGUCUGCAACGCGCGAGCUGUCAAACCGCCUCCGACGGGCACCCGACUCGAACGCUCCUACAUAUCGCACCAUAUCGCGAUCGUUUGAUUGUUCACGGCUAGUGACAGUGUGUGAUUUGUUAUACUCGCAUGACGGACAUCAAUUUAAGGAGAUGAACGGCAGCACGACGACGGUGAAUGGUGGCGCCGUCAAUGGUGGCAAUGGAGCGCUCAAUGGAAUUGGAGCUGCACCACGUACCGCAACUCUUGGAACACCUAACAGUUAUGCAUAUACGUCCAGUGGUUCGUUACUCGGUCGUGGUGGUUCCGCUAGACCAGUUCCGCCGCCGACACUCCCGAAAUAUAGCGGAUCAUUUAGUGCAGGGAGCAGUCUCAGUGCAACAGGGCUCCGAGAGCGGGACAGGGAAGGAGCAGGUGGAUCUCAUAGAUUGGCUAGUCUCGAGAGACUUGCUCUCCGACAGCGUAUUAUUGAACAAAACGCAAACAAUCAGGUGGCAAGUUUGACGGCUAACAAUACCACUGGUCCCACCUCAGCUACCGUCACCCUUACCGACACAGCAACGUUGCAGAGUAAGCGCGAGCUGUUCUUCAAAUCGGAUACUGUCAGCGGCGGCGGGGUGAGCGCCACGGGUCUGCCAAAUGCUGCGCCACCCGUGCCGCCGAUGGCUCCUUCGGCGCUCAAAGACGCUCUCGCUAAGCGCUCCGCCACACUCCCAGAUCCGACAGAGAGUAGUCACCACGAGCCUAACGGCACCGCUGCAGUGAAGCUCAGCAACAGCGUAUCUGUGGACGUAGGGAAGACAUCGUCAAUGCCUCCACAAAUGCAAGCGCCCCCAGUACCUACAACUGCACCGCCUCCCGUCAAUGCUCCGCUCAGGAGUACAGAGAAUAUAAUGAAGAAAUCUGAUCACCCACCAGUUGCACCAAAACCAGAUCUACCUAAGAUAGAGAAACCAAAAACCAAAGAAUUAGAUGGAUACGUUGGAUUCGCGAAUCUACCAAACCAAGUGUACAGGAAAGCGGUCAAGAAAGGCUUUGAAUUCACGUUAAUGGUUGUAGGUGAGACGGGUUUGGGCAAAUCGACGUUAAUAAACUCCUUGUUUCUGACGGACGUGUAUGAUAAGGACAAACAUCCCGGACCAUCGCUACGCGUUAAAAAGACAGUGGGCGUGGAAACGAGCGUGGUCGUUCUAAAAGAGAAUGGCGUCAACCUCACUCUCACAAUUGUCGACACGCCUGGCUUCGGUGAUGCAGUCGACAAUAGUAAUUGCUGGCAACCGAUAAUCGAUUUCGUUGAAUCGAAAUAUGAAGAAUUCCUGAACGCAGAGUCACGGGUGACUCGUAAAGCCGCUCCGCCUGAUACGCGAGUCCAUUGCUGCCUGUACUUCAUAGCUCCAAGCGGGCAUGGACUCAAACCGCUCGAUGUAGAGUUCAUGCAGCGACUCGGCGAUAAAGUCAACAUCAUACCCGUUAUCGCCAAGGCCGAUACGAUGACGCCCGAAGAAUGCAAGGAUUUCAAGGAACAAAUCCUGAAGGAGAUCGCGCAGCACAAGAUCAAGAUCUACGAGUUCCCCGAGGGCGCGGCCGACGAGGGCGACGCGGCGCCGCGCGCGCUGCGGGCGCGCGUGCCCUUCGCCGUCGUCGGCGCCAACGCCGUCAUCGAGCUCGACGGGCGCCGCGUGCGCGGCCGCAAGUACCCCUGGGGCGUCGCCGAAGUUGAAAAUUUGGAGCACUGCGACUUCUUGGCGCUCCGCAACAUGGUGAUCAGAACGCACCUUCAGGACCUGAAGGACGUGACCAGCUCCGUGCACUACGAGAACUACCGCUGCCGCAAGCUGGCCGGCCUCUCGCACGACGGGAAACCUCACAGGAUCAACUCCAACAAGAAUCCAUUGGCUCAGAUGGAAGAAGAGAAGAGAGAACAUGACCUUAAAAUGAAGAAGAUGGAAAGCGACAUGGAACAGGUGUUCGAGCUGAAGGUGCGCGAGAAGCGCGCCAAGCUGAAGGAGUCGGAGACGGAGCUGGCGCGGCGGCACGAGUCCACGCGGCGCGCGCUGGAGGCGCAGGCGCGCGAGCUGGACGAGCGCCAGCGCGCGCUGCACGCCGAGCAGGCCGCCUGGGAGCGCGACACCGGCCUCUCGCUCGACGACCUGCGCCGCCGCUCGCUCGAGGCCAACAGCAAGGAGACGGUCGACGGCAAGGAUAAAAAGGAUAAGAAAAAGAAAGGUAUUUACUCUACAUAUCGUAAUGUUUUGAAGAAACGUACAUUGUAAACAUUCUGAUGGACAAUGGCCAUACGGUUGAGAUUUCACGAGAUUUUAUGUUAAAUUAAUUUUGUUUAAAUUAGUGCCAUUCCUGUAUGAUUAUUAAUUACGUCUGUCUCUCUCGUAACCUUCUAAUUGUUAUCUUUUUAAUCUUCGAAUCAUAUUAACAUGGGCUUUGGUUUGUGUAAUUGUUGUAAAUUUUGGAAUUGCUAUUUUACAAAAGAUAAUUAUCGAUUUUUGGUGUAAAUAAAUCAAUGUAAGACUCAAGCAAGAUAUACUAAUGUAUAUUGAUUAUAUUCUAUUUGUGACGAUUAUCAUUCGGUUUGAUGGUAUUAAAAUUGCUUCAAGCUGUUUGUAUGUCGGAUAAAUUUGCUAAUAAUGAAAAUUUUGCACACUUUAAUCCAUCAUUCCUGUAAUUGUCUUAAAAUAAUAAUAUCGAACAAUUAUUUAUUCAUGCAAUAAAUAUAUGAUUUUGUUUAAUUUAUUAAGCGUUUAAAACAUGUGGUGAAUGUUUGUUGUAAAUUUCAGAUUGGUCAUUUAAGAAUGUCACGUCGGGAAUGUAUACGUAAAGUAAGAAGAUCUAACUAUUUAUUAACAUGUUAAACUAUUUACUAUAGACCUGUGGUUUGUAAACUCUGAAACAACGAUACUAAAAGACUAAUAUAAUAUUAUAUCAAACAUUCGGUACCAACUUAUACAUUACGUUAUUUUAUCUGUAUUUACUAUUUACAUGAGAAUAUUUCCAUGACAAAGCAUUUAUUUUUAUAAGUGGGGCCUAAUUUUUGUACGUUUUUUAUUUUAAUUUCGAAAUUUUUGACAUAUUUUGAUUGACUUCGAAAUUUGUGAAGUUUGAUGUAAACAGCACAAUCGAUUCGGCUUGUGACGUGUCUUAUUCGUCCACGAAGUUGCCAAAGUAGCUUGUAAUAACAAUCUGCUUUAAACGUAAAUCUCUUUAAUGUUUCGUCUUUAAAAUCGCUAAUUCCGACAUCUCUGUCGUCGUACGUCCGUACGAAGUGACGAAUAACGCUCAAAAACUGUGUGAAUUAAUUAUAGGCACUAUUCUCAUUAUCGAUAAACGUAGCAUACUUUACUAAUGCUAGCGAACAAUAUUCCGUUUAAAUUUUUAAUGAUAGAUGUUACGCAUUGUAGUUUUACGAGAUAUUAGAAACACCACUACAUUUAAACGACGAUUAGAUAUUUUUUACUUCUUUAUAAAGUUAUGGUGUUCGAGUUGGGCUUGCUCGCGUGGCCGCCCGAGGGCGCUUAGUGAUAUCCAUAUGCUCAUAGCGAGUGUGAGUUAGCGUUAGCUAGGCGUUAGCUAGGCGUUAGCUAGGCGUUAGUCUUCUGAUAUCUAAGGGAGUGACGGUUGGACAUCGCUGGCAGGGACGCUGCCUUUUCUACUCAUUGAUUAUACGUAGUUUGUAUGUAAAUUAAUUUAAUCGGACUCCUAUCCUGUUAUGACUCGAUUACGUUACUGAAUAUUAAUCACUUGAAAUAUAUAUCCAGCACAUAUGUAUUACCUGUAAAUAAUUUCGUUUUAGUCAUUAUCCUAUAUAAAUAUAUUUGAUGAAGUCACUGUACUAAUCGAUAGUUCGUUAUACACGUUAAAUGCAUAAUCUUAUUUUUAAUCAAGAUGCCAUGGUUAAAUUUGUAUUAUUUCCUUACACCGCAGUAUUGACUUCCGAGUUGAAAUUAGGUAUUUAGUGUUAAGUGUAUGCUUAAUUUUUGUAUUUUCUGUCGAACUGCGAGUCGCGACCGACAUUACCGAGCGAUCACCUGUCCCGCGAAGGAUGCUGUCGGAGGGCAAGGUUGAAACGAUGUAAUAUAUUGUACCUUUGAAUAAAUAUAAAUAAAUACGUAAUAUAUAGGAAA